CGUUUACCCCCUCUUGAAGAAAUUACAUCAUAAGGCUCUCUGGGAAAUUGUUCACUGUUUAAUUACGACAGGCCGAGAUGAUCACUACAGCAUCUUUUUUCGGACGAGUACCUUGUUCUCAUUUGCGCAACUUUUCUCCUAUUUCAUCUUUGGCGAAAGUUCACUUUCAGAGAGCUGAAGCAGCAAACAAGAUCACUCCUUCUGAAACCGACAUAGAAUCGCUGCCGUUUGAUGAUAUCCCAGGACCUCAAGGGAAAUAUACACCAGCGUUAGGGUUUUAUCGCGUUUCUGAAGGAUUCACCAAAAUUUAUAAAUUAACAGACAAGCUAUUCAAGCAGUAUGGCCCAAUAUUUAAACAGCAUGUCACCGACAGGAGCCCUGUUGUUCAUGUUAUGGAUCCAGUCGACUUCCAAACCGUGUAUCGUGCGGAGGGAAAAUAUCCAUACAGGCCACCGAUUGAUGCUAUUAUGGAAAUUCGGAGAAGAAAGGGAAUGUUUCUCGGGCUGGAAAAUCUAAACGGUAAAGAAUGGCAAAGAAUACGACAAGCAGUAGCCCCAAAACUGAUGCGUCCAAAAGUGUUGGAGGAAAACAUUGACAACUUCAACGCUGUUACAUAUGAUACACUUAAACGACUUGCUAAUCUAAAAGAGACCAGUGGAUUGGGAGGAGAAAUUCCUGAUCUGGAGGGAGAACUGAGUAAAUGGGCUACGGAGAGUGUGGGUACAUUGGUAUUUGAUGUUAGAGUUGGGUUAUACAAUGAUCCACCCAGUGAAGAAGCCAUGAGGUUCAUUGGAGCGAUUCAUGAUGUUUUUCAAAGUCUCCAUGCUUUUGUUUUUGGAAUUUUGGAGAAACAUUUAUAUCAUUACGUGAACACCCCAAAUUUUGUCAAGCUUGAGCGUGCAGUGGACACUUCAUUUGAAAUUGGACAAGGAUAUAUUGAUAAGAAAAUGAAAGAUCUUAAAGAAAUGGCCCAUAAAGGAUCAGAUGAUUCUGAAGAACUGAAAGCUGUUUCGCUUUUAACCUACUUGCUGACACGUGAGGACUUGACCCUGGAAGAAAUUUAUGCCAACGCUUUUACUAUGUUUGCAGCAGGUGUUGACACAACAAGUUACACCACUCUGUGGACACUGUAUCACCUGGCAAGAAAUCCUGAAAUUCAAGAAAUCCUUUAUCAGGAAAUAUCUAGUAUUCUGGGUGAACAUGGAGAUGCUACGGCUGGAAGUCUUGCGAAAUUGUCUUAUCUCAAGGCUUGUGCCAAAGAAUCUGCAAGAUUGACACCAGUUUUCCCCUCUAAUCGAAGAGUAUUGGAGAAAGAUGUGGUUUUGAGUGGAUAUUUGGUUCCUGCACAGACCAUUAUUCAAUUGGAAUUCCUUGCCACAGCAGCCUCAGAAAAAUACUUCAAGAAUGCAUCAGAUUAUAAACCUGAACGCUGGCUGAGAGAAAACAAGAAAGAUAUUGAUUCGUUUGCAUUCCUUCCGUUUGGCUUUGGUCCGCGCAUGUGCAUUGGCAGUAGAGUAGCAGAGCUGGAAACAUAUCUUCUGGUUGCAAAGGUUAUUCAACGUUUUCGUUUGGAGUAUCACCACGAGCCACUGGAAAUGUAUCAGAAGCUAUCAGCAGUUCCAGAGAAACCCGUCAGGAUCAAGUUUGUAGAUCGACAUUAAAAGGAUUAUGAUCUCGUUACUCUUGCUAAAACAUGUCGGUCACUCUAGUUACACUAGAGUGGCCCUCUUUUUUAUACGGUUGGCGCUGUCAGCUUACCUACUUCAGUUCAAUUCGCUUAGUUUGGAGCACUGAAAAGCGUUGAGGGCCUUUUUCAACGAGAAGGAAAGUUCAUCAAAAAACCCGACAUUGUGAUAUUUGUUUUACUCACGACUGUGGUCAAUUACCACAACGCCUACAUUGUAAAUUUUGCAGAUUAUUCACGCCUAACAUCAAUCAGUCGAAAAUGCAGCAGACAGUUUUUGGAAAUAAAAACUCAGUAAUUUUAGUCGUCUA